AAGAAUGAGAUGGCCCUCUAUUAUAGUAUUGAGUAAAUACUUAACGAAUAUCAUUCAACCCUAGGAUUAUGAUUUAGUGUGUGUCGGGUGAAAUGAAUUUUCCAAGGUCGCGGAUACUGCAGAAGCAAAACAGUGCCCCAUGUCUGGACCUGCGUUCUCGUCGGAGGGUGAGAUCUUGGGACGGGACCUAUGAUGUGGAUCCAAUGACCCACGGGCAUGGCUACCCCGGGGGUGGGGGGCUAGACGGUGAUUCCGUGCGACGUUUGUACGGGAAAUUGUUUUAUCCACGUGUAAGGACUAUAUCCGAGUCGGCGUUUGAAGAAGAAAAAGACGAACAGAAAGACACCAGAGAAAACGAGCCAGAUGCUGGGGUUGGAGAGGAUAAACCGCCGCCAGUUCCGCCUCGGCGAUCAAAGUCCGGUAAAAAGCCCAAUGCUCGGGGUCAGCUCGGUAACAGUUGGCCGUACGACGCACAGCGCAAUUGGAGCGAACAGCUUGAAAACAACGAGGAUGUUUCAAACCAGUGCGUGGGUCAGCUACAAACCGAGUGGGGUUCCCCCCAGUUUACCCGGUUUUCCAAUCCAGAAGGGAUGACCAACGUGCCAAAUGAUUUUCGAAACGACCUUGACAUUAGCCAAUCGCCGGCAGUCAAUGUCAAAGUUAAUGCUAACAGUAACCGGCGUGUAAAACCUUGCCUUAAAAACUCCAAAUCUUCCAGUUCUUUGAUUUCGGAUCGGGAGCGUGUCCUCGACAAUUACAACUAUCACAGACGAUAUUCCGUUAAAGAUGACGUCAUGAACCGAUGUGAUUUCAAUCCGGGGAUUUCAGCUUCAAAUUCCGACAAAAACUAUAUUCUUACCCACAAUGCACCUCCAGAUUUGCGUCGGUCGCCUAACUCGUGGCCUCGACUUCAAAUGACCGAAGCAGACGACGCCAUCGAAUCCGCUGAAGUGUACGACCAUGUAAAUUCCUCCUAUGAUUCUUCUAAAAAUGAUAAAAGUGUUGCGAGAUCUAAAAGUUUGAAUGACACUGUGUCACGAGAGCAGAACCAGCUACGGGGCUUCAGACCUCAUUCAUUUAACGGACUACGUGAUCGAAACCUUAUUACGACGGAACCCGACACCGUGGACUCUGCAGUUCCCGGGCGGAUGGAUACGCCUGUGAUUAAACCUACGAGAUCUGAGAGGAAAAGUUAUAAAGACUUGAACAGUGGUAUUGAAAUUUCACGCGGAAAUAGCUUGCCUUGUGAUGCCGAAUUGCGGGCGCUUUUGGGCGGGAUCCCGGAUAUAGAGACGGAUUCUGUCGCCAUUUUACCGUCCCCGCGGGUGUCGCCCGACAUAUUUCACGACAUUCCAGGACUGGCUGUGACGUCAGAAUCGGAGGAUAACUCUGGGGACUCCAUAACUAGCGGUUCAUUGCUACAUCUCCAGAAAGGUCAACAGUUCCUGGCCGUUCCAAGAAAGUUGCAUCGAGGUCGCAGACGACAUGCCUCGGCCAGUGCUAGCUGUUCUGAGGAGAGUGAUAAUGAACCCUCGCCGCCGAUCUCGCGAAGAGGUCGAAGGUCAGCCAUCGUUGACACCAAGAACGUAGGUGAUGUUUCCCCGACAAACCUGUCCCCCGACGGUUCCCCGGCUACAUCAUGUGACGAGGGCGAAACUCGGAGAAACGGUCGAGUUCGGCGCCAUCGCUCCUCGCUAGAGGCGGACUCGUACAAACACCCGGGUGACUUUCUGGCUUCGGACCAUCACCGGAAGUUGCUGAAAAGAAAUACCAUUGCGGAGUUUUCUCUUAAUCGUAGUUCUAUGCAGGGGAACUCCAAUGAAGAGUCUAAAAAGGGGCGACAAUCAUCUUUUUCUCUUCUUAAACUUAUGCGUUCCCGAAGUAAAGAGGCUAUUGCAAAAUUAGAGGACGUGUUAGCCAAUAUGAAGCCGAGCGAGUUUAAGGACAAUCAUCUACUGGCUUACAAGAACCUCCAUUGGUCGGAACUGAUUGCGAGUUCCGAUAAACACAACGAGAAAACCAGCGAACAACUCCAGCUCUCGGAAGUGGAGCGGAAGCGCCGCGAGGCAGUAUGGGAAUUAUUCCAAAGCGAGUGUGUGUUUCUGGUGAAUCAUCUGAUGGUCCUUAAACACUGCUUCAUGGAACCUUUGAAAAAGUGCCAAGUAGAGGGACAUUUAAUGUACGCCGAGCCCGAAGAUUUGUUCGGCAACCUCGAUGAAUUGUGUUACGUGAGCUACACAUUCUGUAAGGACUUUAUCGCUACACUGGUGAAGGCAAUGAGUUCCACAGAGUUCGGCAGCACAACGGUGUUACUGAAGGCGUUCGACAGGUUUUCUUCACAUUCCAAAGAUGGCGAUGUGUAUCACACGUAUUGCCUGAAUUACACAAACGCUCUGACGUAUUUGGAGCGGCUGCGCAGAAACGACGACUUCAAUGAGUUUGAAAAAGCUUGCUGUCAAGACCCUCGCUGUCAGAGAUUAAAACUCACCGAUCUGCUGGUGGCGCCAUUACAGCACUGCACAAAACUACCUCUGUUGCUAAGCAACAUCCGGAAGUACACAGAAGUCGAGGAUGAGGUGCAGAAAUUAACAGAAUCCAUAGCCAGAGUGGAAAUGUCUCUACAAAAAAUGGAAGACAAAAUGAAAUGGGCAAAGAAUUACGAGAGAGUACAGGAAAUCGCGCGGCAACUAUCAUGGCCACCGGUGACUGAUCUCGACCCCAGGGUAUUCAUUCCAGAGUACUUGAAGUCAACGCUAAUAAAGCAGCCGUGUGACCGCCUCCUAGCGGCAUGCGCCGAUCGACAGCUUCUUCAUGAAGGGCAGCUAACUCUUAUAGAAUCCACAAAGAUGAUUGACAUAUACCUGUUUCUGUUUGAUGACAUCUUGUUAAUAACCCGGAUGAAAAAGUCCGCUAAAAAAAAGCAGCAGAACUCUGGGGGUGACUCCAAGACCCCCCUACAGGGGGACAAGUAUCUGUACACCGUGUAUAAACAGCCCAUAUCACUGGACCGGAUCUGUCUGCACGACGUGCCGCCCACCGAGACCGCCGCUAAUGGGAUCAAGUCAGCGUUUGUUUUAGUACAGAUCAGUCGGUAUCAACAAAUUAUUGGUGUCUUCACGUUUCAAUGCUCAAAUGACGCAACAAAGCUAAAGUGGAUGGAUAAACUCCGAGAGGCUAAGGAUGGACUAGACAGUGUUGUGUCUAAGAGAAGGACGAGUGACUCCGAAAAUCAAACAAAACAUUGACUAGUGUCACUCAAGACUGAUAUUUAUGAUACUUUUUUAAAUUGUUUAUUGAUGAAUAUUAUGAGAGGAGUAUUUUUCCUAUUUGUGUUUGUUAUAUGGAAAUAAAUGGCUUUACUUUUAACGA